GAAUCUGGAGACAUGACGGAAACCGGAGCUCAGCUGUUUGCCAGGCUGGAGUCUCGGCGCUCUUUAAAGGACAUUGAACCUCGCCUGUUUCCUGAAGAUGGAGGACCAGACUAUGGUGAGGUGGUUGAGCUGUUUGGGGCCGAGGGAACAGGUAAGACAGAGCUGCUGUAUCACCUGCUGUGUCGCUGUGUGCUGCCGACAGCAGCCGGUGGUCUGGAGGUGGAUGUUGUGUUUGUGGACACAGACUACAGUCUGGACAUGUUACGAGUAGUCAGCAUCCUGGACCACAGACUGAACGCUGCUCUCUUGACUAGCUCAUCAUCCGGCGUGGUGGAGGAGGCGGUGCUACGUUCCUGUCUGUCACGUCUCUUGGUCGUCCACUGCUCAUCCUCCGCUGAGCUCCUCCUCACUCUGCAUUUCCUGGAGACCUCCUUCUCCUCACGGCCCAGCCUGGCAGUGCUCCUCAUCGACAGCAUCUCUGCCUUCUAUUGGCUCGAUCGCUUUGAGGGUGGGGCCAGCAUUACCAGACAGGAAGAGAAACUCAUCAAGUGUGUGGAGUUGCUGGCCCGGCUGCUCAGGGAUUACCGAAUCACCGUCUUCACCAGCUGCCACACCAUCCGCAGGAACUCUGUAGGCCCCGCCUCCUCAGAGGGGGACAGGCCGUACCUCUGUCGCCCCUGGCAACGACUGGUCACUCACCGGGUCCUGUGUUCCAGGGCAGACUCUGGAAACAACGCAGUGUCCUCAGCAGCAGGGCGCCAGGGGUUGAGGAGAGGGCAGGUCUUCAAUGUUCACUGCUCGUCCUCGAGGACGAAGACACCGAGGAGCAUUUCCUUCUGUGUGACAGACAGAGGGGCGGAGUUUUUCUGAACCUCCGGCGCUGCUCUUUGGGUUCAUUUCCUUGCUCAACAGUCAGAUGGCAGCAGACAGCGUUUUGUCUUUGGACUGAUUUAAACAAAACUUGAUCUUGCAUUUAAGAUCCUCCUGAUGAGAACAGUCUUUCAGCUGCACGGAGUCCUGCCCGCUCGUCUUCACUGGUCCGCUGCUCCACCCGGGCUGCUGUUCGCUGCUCACAUAAAACGGUCUUUAUUCACUUAAGUCUGACUUCAUGUUUGAAUCAGUUCAGUGAAACAUUUUAUUGCAGGAGAACAUUUUUAAAUCAUAACUGCUUUUCUGUUCAGGUUUCUUGUGAUGAUUAAAACUUUCUGGGCUUCCA